UCGUAUUUCUAUGGCUGGGCAUAACUCGACUUUAGUUCUGCCGAAAAAAUCUGCUGAAAUAAUAGCUUUUUUUAUUUUUUAACAAUCACGUUUAGCCUUUUUAUGUGUAUUACGGCACUUAUAUGCUGAUUGCACUUAAUUUUAUAUUAUUUAAAUAUUUUUUUUUACAAGACUAAUGAGUUCCGCCAAUUCUCGUGUUGUGAAUUUUGGCGAAAUUGCAGAAUCUACUCUUGAACCAUAUAAAACUGCCGAAUCUUCAUCUGCAUUCCGGUGUUUUGUGGUUCGUUCUCAAACACAGUGCCUUUUUAUAUUGUACCGAGCACUUAAAGCUUUCCGAUAUGAUAAGGCUUACAAAGAUCAAGGCCUGGACAUCAUUUUUUUCCCUGAUUGGUACAAACCAAGUAACGCCAAUUAUGUAGUUACAGAAGAAACAAUUGCUAUAUCAGUUUGUAAAUCUACAACAUCCCAAAAGGAAGUGUUUUCGGAAAUUUGGAAUGGCAAACCAGGUGACUGUGUACGUGGCCCUAAAGAUUGGGAACUCAAGAUAUUGAUAAACGAUUUUUUCCCCACAGAAGGUUUAAAAACUGGUUUUCACUAUACCAUAACAAGUGGAAAAUUUGAAUUAACCGUUAGAGGUCAUGGAAAGCAUGCAAAGGCUUGGCAAGGUGCUAUAAAUUGUGAAGUAAAUAAUCUCUUGCAUUUAAAAACUGAACAAACCAAGUCAAUGAACCAAGCUACACAGGACAAAUUAAAACAGGAAACAAAAAUAAUUAGGUCUUUAAGAGAUUUAAAAGACAAACCGAUAAAUACAGAUAUGCUAAACCAAGUAAGCACAUCCAUUGACCCUCAAUGUGAUCCUUACAAAGAGUUGUUUGAAGGAAGCAUAAGUAUGCACAUAGAGAAUUUGGAUGGUUUAAAAAAUGAGAGUACAGUUAACAGUGCAAAUUAUCCUACUCUAAAAUUGAUGAAUAUCAAUUGUGAUUCAAAUGGAUUGAAUGCUGUGUUUAAAACGGGAUUUAAAGUAAUAAGAGAUCUGAUAAAACUUUCAUGUGUGGUAGACCUUGAGGAGAAAAUGAUCCAAAAUGAAGAUUUCAUGAAACAAAUGCUUAAGCAUUAUAAAGAAGAAUCAGAAUAUUUUGAACAACAUGGUUGCACUGACUAUCCAAUAUCAGCUGUAGAUGGGUUAAAAAAGUUGGGGACUACUGGUCAACCACUGGCAGAUUUUUUCGAUACUUUUUCUGAUUUGGAACUUGCCUAUAGCAAUUAUUUUGCAAAUAAAACUAGUAUUGAACCAACAACGCCAACCUUUGAGAAAGAGUUUAAGUUAUUUCUAGAACGAGUUAGAAUUGCUAAUGAAAAAGUAUGGCAAUCAAGCUUGCUUUUCAAAAAAGGCAAAUCUGAAAAUCUAAUUAUUGGUAAAUGUUUUAAAUGGCAACUAAGAGUUCUAAAUGUCCACCUGCUACAGAUUCUUUUUGCAUUGCUUACUAGGUACAAUUGGGAUCCCAAUAACAUUGUAUCUAGCUUUAUUGAGGAACUAUUAAAAGAUAAACGAUAUAACAUUGGGCCGAAAGAUGAAAAGCCCUACAUGCCUUUUCACAAAGAACUACAAAGGCUGUGUGGUGUAUUAUCCGAAACCCCAGACUGUCAGUGUCCAAAUUUGGAGUGGUUUUAUAGGCAAUGUGUAAAUGCAAAAUUGGAGAAGAAUUGGUUUACAAAACUCCAAAGAUCAGUUGGCACCUUACUAGGCCAAUGGAGAGAGUUGAGUGAAAAGGUUGGUUGUGAUCCUUCAAAGCUCUCGGAUUCUCAGAGGCAGGCAAUUGGUUUAAAUAAAAGAGACACAGAGAAAAUAUUGAAUAGGUGGUUCACAAGAGCACCACCACUAAGCAUCAUAGAAGUGGAAUUGGCUACUACAAAUGGUUCAAUUUCUUGUUACUGUUGGAGUGGGACAGAAGAAAAAGAUAAUCCCUUUUUUUAUACCCUUAACGAUACACAUAUUCCAAUCAUCCUGGGAAGUCCAGUAGAACUUGUGAAUGAUUGAUAAAUGUAAACAAAGUUAUAAAGCUAAAAUUUAUUUUUCAGAAAAAUAUGUGUUGUAGCUUACAAAAAUUAGUUUUUUGAGAAGUUUAAUAAUUUUAUAGUUAUACUCUGCCAAGGCUGCUAUCUUAUUAUUUUAUUUAAUGGAAAUAAGUGCCUUACUGCCUUUACUAGCAAAUGUGAGAAAAGUUUGAUCUAAAGUAAAUUUGGUUUCUAAUUUAGAAAUUUCAUUUGACUAAAACUUUAUACAUUUGUUUUAUAGUUUUGAUAUGUCAGGCAAAUCACUUUUUUUGUAAUUGUGCUAUGUUGUGUGAGUUUUAAAGCUAGAAAAUGUAAUUACUUCAUAUAAUAUGAAUAAGUUGUUUAUGCCAGGCGUAAUAUAAUAUCGCAUUGCUGUUCAUUUGUUCAGUAUAAUGAGUUUUAGUUUAUGAUGAAUAUUUACAAAUUCUGUCUUAAUUUUUUUAGUUCAAAAGUUCCACGAGUAUAACUCAUUAUAAUCUUGAAAAUUCAAUUUUUUGAGAUGUUUUAUUAUGGUAUAUAGUUUGUGUUGUAGGCCUACUGUUUUUGUUUUUAAUAGAACAAUUUGUUUUUACUGUAAUAUGCAUUUUUUUCAAGUUUCUCUACCAACCAAGGAUCAAGAAGUGUCAUAUGUUUACCUAUGCCACGCAAACACUAUUUUGAUGCUAUUUGUGCUGUUAUUGAAAAGUUUAUUGCAUGUAAUUCAAUAAUCACUCUAGUGCAGUUUUUUACCUUGUUAUUCUGUUUUGUUUUUUUUGUAGUGCAGCUUUUACCUUGUUAUCCUUCGAUUAGGUAUUUGCAGUGUUUCGGUUUAAUGCUAACAGCAUUUAGUGAUUAUAAAUGGCAACUGCAACAAUCUCCUUGUAUGUAAAAUAAUAUAUACUAUGAAAUGACAAUUAAGCAAGCAUCAAUAAUUAAAAAACCUAGUGAUUUAAUCUAUAUUCAAGGUGUUCUCGAAUUUGAGUUCCUUCACCAAACUAGGAUAAAUAAGUGUCAUUUGCACUACAUCAUGUCGAUACUAUUUUAAUGCUUUUAUGUGAUUUUUAAUGUGAAGCUAUUUAAUAACCACUGUAGACCGUAGUUUUACUUUUGUGUUCUUUAUGUUUUCAUCAAAUUCUUGUGUUUUGAUAUAAUACUGUUGCCGCUUGGCAACUAGUAUUCCAGUGAUAAUAAAUGGGAGCUAUACAAAA